GUAACAAUCUUACUCGUCAUUCCUACAUUCACCUACAAACUAUUAUCCGCCUCUUGACGGUCCUGUAUUUUUCCUGUCUUUCUCUCUCGUGGUGCAUGCGCGUCCAGCUGAAUUCUCGAGAAGCUUUUCUAGAAGCAUUACUUGCUUGAAGAGCUUCUGCCACUUGUAACCAAACAUCUUGCAAGAUGCAGGCUGAUGGAGAACAAGAGAGACCUGUUCUAACUCCUAAUUCUGAACGACCCCGUUCUUUCUUUGCUCGGAACUCUGCCUCAAAUUUCCACGACGAAGAUGUCGAGGACUCGGACGAGGACAAAGGCAGGCCAACAAAAUGGAGCAUGGGAGUCUUGAAUGACCCUCUUACUCAUGAGGUGCCUGGAUCUGUUCUUCUCUUGACCGGAAAUCGAAACGAGCCUCUGGGUCUGCGAAAUGCCCCUGCGAGAUCAUCUGCCUCCUCUUUACCAGCCCCACCUCUUCCCCCUCCGAGCAGACGGCAAUCACGUCAAUCCAAACAUGCGGAGGGGAAGAAAAAGACGCCAGAUGGUGCGAUUAUCCUGGAACCCCAGCCAGACGAUUCACACAACGACCCUCUGAAUUGGCCUACAUGGAGAAGAGACGCAGCACUAUUGUCUCUAGGAUUAUAUUGCAUGGUUGGCGGUGGUAUGACACCAAUCCUGGCUGCUGGGUUCACAAACGUUGCGGCAACUUAUAAUGUCACUACACCAAAAGUAGCACUUACUACUGGAUUGUACAUGAUGGGUCUUGGUGUUGGCUCCGUAAUUGCGUCCCCGACCGCAAUUCUCUAUGGCAAGAGGCCUGUCUACCUCUUCAGCGCAAUUGUCUUCAUUGCGACCUCUAUUUGGUGUGCAACAUCACCAAGCUACAACUCUCUUCUAGUAGCGAGGAUCUUCCAGGGUAUCUCCGUGAGCCCUGUGGAAUGUUUGCCAUCCGCUACCAUUGCCGAGAUUUUCUUUUUGCAUGAACGAGCAUAUCGAAUUGGUAUCUAUACUUUACUCCUUCUCGGUGGCAAGAACUUGGUGCCUUUGGUUAGUGCUGCUAUAAUCCAAUCAAUGGGCUGGAGAUGGGUUUUCUGGAUCGUUGCCAUGGUUGUGGGUUUCUGUGGCUGUCUUUUGUUUUUGUUUGUGCCAGAAUCAUUCUGGGACAGAACACCAGUACCGAAAAGCCGUAAAGCAUCAAAGCAUGGAUCCCGGCUUACUCUUGCACUGUUCACAAGUCAUGGCUCUCAUAAAGAUGCGCAUCAUAACCCCGAAAACGAUGCAACCGGUAAUCAUGAAGAUGCAAUCGUGGAAAAAGAGACACCUGCAAAUCAGGAAGACAUCACAACACCGAAAAAAGCUGUGUUAGCUGAGGGUCCUCAUCCUCAUCGAAAUCUUCACGUAGGAUUUGCCGGCGAUGAUCAGGAGCAGACUUUGCAUGACGGCGCCAAUGAACCCAUAAUUCCUUCGUCAGACGGAACCAUGCACGCAACAGGUGGUGACGGCCCGAAAUCAAGCACAUUCACUGUUGGCAUGGGCACUGAUUUGAAGGAGCAAAUCCGCAAACGCUCACGGGCCGUCACUGACCCGAAACAUGAGUUUGCAGGUGUUGUUCAACCUUCAGGUAAUGGGCCCCCAAUGCCAGCCUUGCAUAACUUCAACUCUCCAUGGUACAAAGACAUAGAGAAGAGCUCGGGCGAUUAUCUCGAAGCAGGCAACAGGUUCAAAAAUAUCAACAACGAUGGCGUAACAUCUCCUGGUUCUGAUCAUGUCGCAUCUGCUCUACCUUCUCGACCUGUGGCACCUUAUAUUGCUCACCUCAGACAAGCCCCACCGCAGACUUUCUUGCAACAACUGAAGCCUUAUAGAGGACGACUUAAUUACGACAAAUGGAUUCGUGUAGCAAUUCGACCUUUCAUCCUGUUCGCUUAUCCCGCCAUUCUUUGGUCCGCAGUAGUCUACUCUUGUGCUGUUGGUUGGUUGAUCGUCCUGUCCGAGUCUGUGGCUGUCAUCUAUCGUACCCGAACUACUUAUGGAUUCUCAGCUCUGUCAACGGGUCUCAUAUACUUGUCUCCUUUUAUUGGAGGCGUACUAGGAACAGCAGUUGCCGGAAAAGUCAGCGACAUUAUUGUGAAAUUCAUGUCCAGACGAAAUGGGGGACUUUAUGAACCUGAAUUCCGUUUGGUUAUGGCAAUUCCAGUCACUAUCACGACAGUCAUCGGACUCAUGGGUUUUGGCUGGUCUGCUCAAAUACACGAUGCUUGGAUUGUUCCUACUAUCUUCUUUGGCAUUAUCUCGUUCGGGUGCUCUUUAGGAUCGACAACAGCCAUCACUUUCUGCGUUGACAGCUAUCGGCAAUACGCUGGUGAAGCCCUCGUCACGCUCAAUUUUAGCAAGAAUAUUUUUCACGGAUUGGUGUUCAGCUUGUUCUUUACGAAGUGGCUCGAGUCGGAUGGAUCCAAGAAGGUCUUCACUUGGGUCGGCGUAAUUCAACUUAUCUUUAUGACGCUCACUGUGCCUAUGUACAUUUUUGGGAAACGGGCUAGGAUGUGGACCGUCAGGAAGAACCUGAUGGAGAAAUUCUAGGCUUAUGAUGGAGUUUGGUUUAGAUUGGACGUUGUAUCGUUCAGGUAUGAGGGAUAGACUCACGAACCGUUCAUGGAUAGAUUGUCU